AUGGCAGAAAACAGUUGUUCAGAAUGGGUACGUGACAUAUGUUGCAUCAUCAUUAUUGUUAUUCUUCUGGAUAGCCUCUUCCUCUUCAUCUUGUGGGCAGUAGUCAUCGGUGUCGAUUAUCAUGUGGUUGGUGCAUCCCUGACUGAAUUCAACCUCACCAGCGAUAACAUGCUUCCUCACAACCUCAGGCUCAAUGUGACAUUGAUGAACCCAACAACCAAAAUUGUUCUACAUCGUCGCAUUGAAGUCACUGCUUAUUACUGCGACCAACAGUUUGGUGUUACAAACUUCUUCGCACCAUUCCGGCAAGUCCCUAAGAACACGACGCUGCUCCACCCAGUCUUCCACGGUGAAUCACGUCUGUUCCUUGACAUCCCUAAGAACACGACGCUGCGACCAACAGUUCUACUCAAGCUCCAUGUACAUCCCAAGUACAAGAUUGGAUCGCUUAAGAUAGGAGCCCGUUCUGAUGAUCUUAACUGUCAACUAAUGGUUCCUUUAGUAUCAUCAGUUGGGAGCUCAGCUACCACUUUCAAGAGCACAAAAUGUGUUGGACCACCGCUGCCGGAAUUUAAUGGCCGUUGA